UGCGAAAGCAGUUGGCGGGAGUCAGUGGUUGCGCCGCGCUGCUCUUGACGUGCUGAAAGCUUCUGAAUUGUCAGUGUCGAGGGGUGCUAGGGUGACGCCAGUUACGUUGCAAGAUGGAAUUCAACAUGGCUGAAGUGCAGGUCACAACAGUGGUGUCAUCCUACGAUGGAACCAUGCCUGUGGGGAUGUCCAGCAUCAAUCCACUGGCACACUUUCAGAUACAGUCACCAGACAAGCCCAUGCAGUCACCGACACGGCCCUUGCAAACUCAUGCCCUGGUCAACCACUUCACUCAGCAGACUGUCCAGCAGCAGACGCCUGCUGCAUCAGUGGCCCGGCCACGCUUGUCACCAGCGCUUCCACAGCCAGUCAAGACGCUGGUCUUCUUUGACCUCGAAACAACAGGCCUGCCCUCCAAGUACCAGCCAGUCAGCAUAACCGAAAUAGCCAUGGUGGCUGUGGACAGGACCCACUUUGAGAAGCAAGAUAAGACUGAAUUUCGGGUGAUCAACAAGCUAACACUGUGCCUAAAGCCUCAAGCUGCCAUGCACCCGAUGGCUGCCAAGAAAUCUGGUCUGGACACCAUUCUCCUGAAGGACCAGGGCCUGUUUCAUCAGGCUCAGCCUGCGAUUCGUGCCUUUCUGUCUGUCCUGGCUCCACCGGUCUGCCUUCUGGCCCACAAUGGCGACUCUUUUGACUUUCCCAUAUUUAUGGAUGAACUGGUGUUUUCCACGGGCAGUGGUGAUGUGGACAACAUUCUGGGUGUACCAGGACUGGCAUGCUGCGACACACUCAAAGCUGUGCGCCACCUCUGGCCUGUGCUGCCUCCGGCACCCAAGAAGGGACGUGGAUCAGUGGCUGCCAGCAAGCAGAACUCCUAUGCACUUGACCAGCUCUACAAGCGCUUCUGUGGACGCCGUUCCAAUGCACAUCACGCCGAGCAGGACUGCGUUGACCUCAUGAAGGUGUGCCACACAGAGAAAGCAGCUUUCGUUGCCUACGUUGAUGCCAACGCGGCACACCUAGCUGAUGCCCGUCGUACCUGGUGAUUGCAACAGCAGCCCCCAUGGGUUUUGCACAAUGUCCUUGUCUGCAUCGCUUAAAUAUCCUGGCAAAUUUGGUUGAGCGAGGUGUGCCAUCCCCCUGGAGCUUAUUCUGCAAGCCCCUUAUGGACUGUUGUGAUUUUCGCAUGGGUGAUCAUCAUCACUGGUGCACGGUCGAAUGAGCCUUGUUUUCUAAUCUAAGGUUUUGGUGCCUACCUACCACGUAGCAGUGGUGGUCCAACUGCGCCAUUUGCUACAAUUCUACUUGUCUGCGCCUUGCUGCACCCACUGAAGUGCAACUUGCGCCAAGUGCGCCUACACGCCACCUUUGCCUUGGGCGCUACGCGGACAUCGCAGUAGCGUGGCCGAUCCCUCCGUUUGUGGAAAGACCCGCGGCUAAGCAUUCCGAGCAUCGGCGACGCAGACUUCGUGACCAAGCUUAGCGCACGCAAUCCUCUAUCGGACACACAUUUAAGCCUUUCAGCACUCGAUGUUUCGGAAUGUGCGACUAAGCACAUCGAGCAUCGGCUCCUCGGGCCCGCGGCUAGGCAUUUCGCGCAUCGGCACUUGGGACUGCGCGACUAAGCACAUCGAGCGUCGGCGCCUCGAGCCCGCGGCUAGGCAUUUCGCGCAUCGGCUCUUGGGACUGUGCGACUAAGCCCAUCAAGCGUCGACUCCUCGGGCCCGCGGCUAGGCAUUUUUGUUGCACAAAAUUGUUUUUCUGCAUUUCUGGUCGCUUUUCUAUUAUUCUCAGUAGUCUACAAACUAUUCUCAGUAGUCUACAAGUGCUAUUUACAUAGGUAAAUAAAGUGUGUUCGCAAUGUUUUCUGAUGGGGCAUGCGAAGUAAAUGGCUGCGUCAGUCUGUCUUGCUCUGUGUCCAUUUGCUCUAAAGAAGUAUUUAACAAUUGUGUAGUAGCAAUAAGCUGCACCAAAUGUCAUGCACUUUUGUUCUGAUACAAAACGCAAAAUUUUGUGCUACAGAACUGCUACAAAGUGCUAAUGUGGCUGCUCCUAAAUUGCUAUAAAACAGUUUUUUUCCUGCUCCAAAAAUUGCUCCAAUUCUUAAACUGGCUGGACCACCACUGCACCAAGGUUGUCAUUGCAGGGAAUCUGUGGGGAAAUACUUUCAAUUUUAUUGCACCUAGCCUUGUGUAGCUCGGUACUGCUGCAAACACUUAGUCCACCUGCCGCUAUGUCUCAUUUCACCCUUUUUUUAAAGAGUGCUUUCUUUUUUUCCCCCUUUUGGUGACUCUUAGCGACUUCACGAAGUGCAACGACCAUUUCUCUUCUUUUUUUAAGGUCAGCUGCCAAUUUGCUGCCGCUCUGUGUGAGGCAGUGCUAGUCUUGAAUUGCUGGAAACGGGAGUUUUCCUGCCUUUACUUUCAAUUUUAUUGCACCAAGUUUUGUGUAGCUUGGUACUGCUGCAAACACUUCGGGAUUGUUGAGGUGUAUUGCCACUGUGUGCUGCACCAGUAUACAUGGAUAAGCCAUGUUUGGUUAGUCCCCCAACUGAGCAGAGGCAGUAAUUCAUAAUUGAGUUUGUUCCUGGUUGAGCAAGUGCAAGGAGGCUUAACAGGCACUUAAUUCCACCAAAUGUGACACUCCAAUCUGAUAUCAAACAAAUGCUUGUUUUGCAUUGGUCAUGCCUAGAGAAAUCCUGGUCUUGAUUUGUUACUCGUGUCUUGCAGUGUUCAAUUAGGAAAUACUGUCUUUCUGAGUAUUAGCAUGUGAUGUCUUUGCGUCAUGUAUGUCUACUAAAUUGAGUUGGUUUUAGGGAGCUUGUGAUACCUUUUUUAUUUAUUAGUGAUCAUAGAAAUCAACUGCUUGCAAAGCAAGUAGUCAUUUCUUGUUGUCUGUCCUCAUAAGCAUUGAACUUCUCUGAAUAGUACAAAACAUUUCUCUUAUUUUUUUAUUAUUUUUUUUGCUGCAUCUAGAAUUUUAAACAAACUGCCUGCCUUGGUAUCGCACUAGGCAGUGAGUCAGUUUAUUAAUCUGAAGUUGUUAAUUUACACUGUGUGUCACUUUUUCUUCAUUACAUCCAUGUCUUCAAGUUAAUUGCAUUACGCUAAAGACUUGUAAUCAUUACUUUGGCCAUGUAGCCUAAUCAAUUUCUCAUUUUCCUCAUCAUUUACUCAUGUCAGUACAUGGCUCAUCAAACAUUGAAAACGUGUUUGUGGCAUGGCUACUGUCAGUUCUCGUCUGUUGCUCUUUUUCUCUGGUGACACCUCUCAGUCCUCUCCUCCCGAUUCUCUUCAUUGCACGCCAAUAGACCAUUUUGGGAGGUGCUUCUCCCUAUAUCGGUCUGAGCUGCAGGUGUUUGUGUUGCACUUAGUGGGUGGCAUAAUUAGACUGUAUAGAGAGCCAGGGUUUGGCAUGGUGGGACAAUUUGCUGUCCUUGAAAUGAGAUGGUGCCCCUCUGCAAGGUUUUGUCUGCCAAAGAGAGUACAACUUGCAAACAGCGGAAGGCUGUUGUUAAGUGUGAAUGGGGACUCAAAUGUCUCUUACUGAAUGCCAUACCAUAACUAAACAGGCACGUUAUGUUGCCACCACAAUGGCUGAAGGUCGAGCUUAUUGUGCCACUGCUGUCCACGAGCAGUGCCCAGCAGCAGUAGCAAGUGCCUUGGGAAAGCCUGGGUGGGCCAAGUUUCCACGUCAAGUGAACAAUGCGAUCAGCAGCGGAUAGGGAACAUAGAUGAGUCAUUUAGUGCUCUUGAAAUCGCUGUCUUCACAUGUGAUUGCACAUGCAGUCGGUGUAUGUGCAUUGAUGUUUUUUUUUUUUUUAAUCCUACUCCCUCCCACUGCGGGAGAGAUUUUUUAACAUUUUAUGGCGACUCCUUACUGGCACUAGGGAAAUUGUAAUGAACACAGUGUAAAAUGUGUUUUUGUCUGCUCUCUUAUCCCCCUCACAUUUGCUGUGAAUGGUUGACGAAAGGCUAUUACUUAGCAGGUCUGAAGAU